UCAACCUUGAUUACGUGCAGCUGUCAUCUGGGAACGUUUAGCAUGGAGUUUGAUUGUCUGGACUGUCGGUGGAUCUCUAAACUUUGACGGACGUAUCAACAAUGGCAGCUCUGACUCAAGAGAUUUGUGCAAGAAGCUUACACGGAGUGAUAAUACUUCUCAUACUAAAUGGUGUGCUACCCAUAUCACUCAACUCUAUUUACAACGAGCUACCAGAACCGAGUGACCCCAACUUUCACGGGAGUAUUCUGAGUCCCUUGUUGAAGGCAUUGUCGGAUAAUGAGCCAUGGCCUGAUUUAUCGCCAAGAGCAAAACCUGAGUCAAGCUAUGUCAGGUACAUGAAACGGCUGUAUAAAAUGUCGGCUAAACCGGAGAGAAGUCACGAGACAAGUCAUCUGUAUAACACGGUGCGACUGAUCACCCCUCGAGAUGAAUGCCAACAGGAAAAUGAAGAGGUCUUCAUGCAGGAUCUCUCCUACAGUCUAAGCAGAGUGAGGUCUCAGGAGCAGCUUCUCAAGUCCGUCCUGUUGUACUCCUUUGACCAGGACAAGGCUGCGUCCUUCACCACGCUCUGCUACCUGGACAUCGAAGAGCACGACCCCUCGGCCCAGCAGUGCUGCCCAAACACUCACUUCUCCGUGGCGUUUCCAGUGCAUAUGGAGAGACGAGGUCGCCUGAAGUGGGUGGAGGUGAACGUGACCUCCUUCCUGCACCCUCUCUUCAGCUCGCACAAGGACGACAUCCAUAUGCUCAUCAACCUCACCUGCGUGGUGGACGGCGGGAUCCCCUAUGACCACAAGGGCCCCGUGGAGCUCACUUUGAGGUCCCCUUCGCUCCUGCUGUACCUCAACGACACCAGUAAACUGGCCCAUCAGAGGUGGCCACCCCCGUCCCCCAUGUCUGGGGGGUUUAACGGCCGCGCCACGUUCAAUCACCCAAUGGGCUUCAGCCCAACGAGGAGGAUCUGGAGGAGGAGACGGAACGUUUCCAGAGGCAAGCCGACACCCGGGCCAAAAAUUUCCAUCUUCCUUCCCAAGCGUGACUUCCUGCCGGACGACUGUAUGUUGUAUGACAUCAAGGUGAGCUUCAGCCAGCUCAAGCUGGACCACUGGAUCAUUGCGCCGCAGAAGUACAACCCACGGUACUGCAAGGGCACGUGCCCACGGGCAGUGGGCUACAUGAAUGGUUCCCCGAUGCACACCAUGGUGCAAAACGUAAUUUACGAGAAGCUAAAUUCUUCUAUUCCUAGGCCUUCCUGCGUUCCCUCAGAAUAUAAGCCCCUUAGUGUUUUGACCAUUGAAAACGACGGGUCUAUUGCAUUAAAGGAGUAUGAGGAGAUGAUUGCAACAAUGUGCGCCUGUCGCUAAAACUCUAGCAUCAGAUAGGGGUGUUUCAUUAAGCAUUUUGACAUCUUUUAGUGGCUAUCAUUUAGUGUCUUAAUCCAAUGGCAUUUAAAUGGUAAAUGGUAUGGGUCAGUCUCGCCAAGUCCUCGUGCAACUAUUUAUAACUUUUGUGGACACUCAUAUUUUUCAUACAAAUGCUCAAUCUUAUAAUACACUGAAGAUCUGACUGGGGCAAUGUUACUGCUUCUCUCUAGAAUAAUUCGGAGGAGAUGAAAUCAUUGGCUUUUCUGUGUGUCAUUUUAUCUCUUUGAAAAAUGUGCAUUCAUUCAUCAAUGAAAAUAUUUGUUUUCUUUUGUUUCUUGCCUUCUUACAUCACUGUAUUUGUAUGUGUGAUAUUAUGUGAUACUGUGAGUUAGGUUUUUUUGUUUAAUUUAAUCAGCAUUGAUAUAAUUUUAUGUUUAUUUUUGUUAAUUUAUUUCUGUUCUGUACUUUCUGAAUAUUCUGUGAAUUUUUAGAAAAUCUGGGCAGAUGAAGAAGUGUAAUCUAAUGCCCCUAUGCAAACUCUUUUACACUUGUCAAUUUCAAUUUUAUACCGGUACAAAAGAAAUAUCUCAUGUACUACCUCCCUGUUCAUAAGGUCCACUUAAUAAGUUGUCCCUCUGGACAACUUGAUAGACAAUCUGGGUUAAUUGUUGUCAAGGAAAUUACUAAAUGCCUAAUGAAUAUUGAAGUCUACCUAUGUAUUUGGCAUGCUUAUCAAUGUAAAUUAAUUCACUGUUAUUGUUUGGAUAACUGAUUUCACACAAAAAAAGGAAUAUUUAUUAAUAUUCAUGUUAAAAAGUUCAAUAAAAAAAGGCAAGUCACCCAUCAGGAAUCAA